AUGUCGCCAAUCACGCCAUACAAGAUCAAUAUACCAGACGAGAAGAUUCAACGUCUUAAACAACAGAUCGCGCUUGCCGACUUCCCUGAUGAGCUUCCAGACGUCGAACCUUGGAGUCGGGGUACGCCUUUGGCUGAUCUAAAGCGUCUCGCUGCUUAUUGGCAAAAUGGUUUUGACUGGCGUGAGCAAGAAGCAAAAUUGAACCAACUCCCUCAAUUCAUGACACAAAUCGAUAUUGAUGGCUUUGGCACCUACGAUAUUCACUUUGUCCAUCAACCAAGUCCGAUGAAGGAGGCUAUCCCGCUUGUUUUCUGUCAUGGAUGGCCUGGAAGUUUCGCCGAGAUCACAAAAAUUCUCCCAAUGUUGAUAAGUGAAGGGAAUGAUUCGCCCUCAUUUCACGUGGUUGUUCCUAGUAUGGUCGACUACGGGUUUUCGUCCGGGGCGAAAAAGGCGAAUUUUCAAUUCGAGCAGCACGCCGAGGUGGCACAUAAACUAAUGGUCAAAUUAGGGUACAAAGAAUACGUUGCCCAAGGAGGGGAUCUGGGCUACUUUGUGGUCCGUUUUCUGGCAAUCCUGUAUCCAGAGUCAUGCAAGGCACAGCACAUCAACAUGUGUCAUCCUCCCGAGAUCAGCGCUGCUUCCCAUCCUGUCCUAUGGGCUCAGUUCCAGGCGACUCCUUUAACCGAACACGAAAAAGCUGGGAUUGCUCGUUCCCGUUGGUUCCGCGAAGAGGGAUUUGGGUACAAUCUUCUUCAGAGCACGAAGCCUCAGACUGCUGCUUACGCGAUCACCGCGAGCCCAGUGUCUCUCCUAGCUUGGAUUUAUGAAAAGCUCCAUGACUGGACCGAUGGCUACCCUUGGACCGAUGACGAAGCACUCAUCUGGAUCAGUAUCUACCACUUUUCUACGGCAGGAGCUGCGGCCUCACAGCGAAUCUACUAUGAGAAAACCCAUCGUACGCCAAGAAAAGGGUUUCCCCUGAAAGAGGCCCAUCUCGAAGUCCAGCGAUACAUUGAUCGAUUUCGCAACGACGACAACCAAUGCUUCGUUUAG